GCCGAGCUCGUCAGCUCACACCACUGCAAGCAGCGAGAAAGCUAAGCACACACAGCGCGCUCACAGUGAUCGGAGAUGGCGAAGGACAUUGAGGCGGCGGCGGCGGCGGAGGGCGGGGAGUACAUGGCGAAGGACUACUCCGACCCGCCGCCGGCGCCGCUGAUCGACGCGGAGGAGCUGACCAAGUGGUCCCUGUACCGCGCGGUGAUCGCCGAGUUCGUGGCCACGCUGCUCUUCCUCUACAUCACGGUGGCCACGGUCAUCGGGUACAAGCACCAGUCGGACCCGGGCGCGAACGCCGCCGACGCCGCGUGCAGCGGCGUCGGCAUCCUCGGCAUCGCGUGGGCGUUCGGCGGCAUGAUCUUCAUCCUCGUCUACUGCACCGCCGGCGUGUCCGGCGGCCACAUCAACCCGGCGGUGACGUUCGGGCUCUUCCUGGCGCGCAAGGUGUCGCUGGUGCGCGCGGUGCUCUACAUCGUAGCGCAGAGCCUCGGCGCCAUCUGCGGCGUCGGGCUCGUCAAGGGGUUCCAGAGCGCCUUCUACGUGCGCUAUGGCGGCGGCGCCAACGAGCUCAGCGACGGCUACUCCAAGGGCACCGGCCUCGCCGCCGAGAUCAUCGGCACCUUCGUGCUCGUCUACACCGUCUUCUCCGCCACCGACCCCAAGCGCAACGCCCGCGACUCCCACGUCCCCGUGCUUGCUCCUCUUCCAAUUGGGUUCGCGGUGUUCAUGGUUCACUUGGCCACGAUCCCGAUCACCGGCACCGGCAUCAACCCGGCAAGGAGCUUGGGAGCUGCGGUGAUCUACAACCAGCACAAGGCAUGGCAUGACCACUGGAUCUUCUGGGUGGGGCCCCUCAUCGGCGCCGCCAUCGCCGCCGCCUACCACCAGUACGUCCUGAGGGCCAGCGCCGCCAAGCUCGGCUCUUCCUCCUCCUUCCGCGGCUAGACGCCGCCGCCGCUGGAUGCAUGACCGGAGGCAUUGAAGUGUAGAUAUAUCGAUAUCAGAGAGGGCCUCCGGUCAGCUCGCUGUUAAUGAUCAGCUAGCUGUUCGUUUGCCUGCCAGAGCUAGUUUAUCCUCGGUUUCUGGCUUUCUGCGUCAGCUAGCUUCUUGAUCAUCUUCAGCUUCUGUAAUUCCUGAGCUAUGCUGCAUAAUUGUUUGCUCAAUGUUUCUUCCAGGUGUGCUUUUCAUGUUAACUUUGUAUGUGUCUGUAUGUAUAUAUGCGAGCUGUGUGCAUAUGGUACCAAAAAACUGUAUGCACUCUAUAUGAAAAAGUACUUCGAUGUUUUCCUCCUA